AUGGUGUUUUUCAAAUCAAUUCGCCUGGUUGAUGCUAGUGCAAAAUAUGGUGAUGGUCAAAGAAUGAUGGUAGCUAACGAAGUCAUUGAAAAAGGCGAAAAGAUAUGGUGGUGUACAUGUGGUGAUGAUGAUGAAAUAUUGUCGCGUGAUGAAAUAUUAACGUUAUGUGUUGAUUAUCCACAUUUGAAAAAAUUUCUCUGCUGGUAUUCGUAUAUGAUUGCUGAUGAUACAUACUGCAUACCAAAGACAUAUUGCGAACAACGAAAUAACGAUGAAUGCUGUUUAUUCAAUCAUUCUUGUGAACCAAACUGCGGUAUGUAUUAA